AUGUAUUACCGUUUUAUUAUUGACAGUAGAGCACCGGGAAUGACAGGUGUGCAUUUAAUUUACGGAUGUAUUUACAUGUCCUAUGUUUCAAGUUGAACGCUUUCGAUUUAAUCGUUUAAUAAAGAUACUGGAUUUUGAGUCAGUUCGGUAUUAUUGUGUAACAUGUAGAUUUUUGUCAGUGUCAAUUGUUCAACGUAUAUUACUUAUAAGGGAACUAAUCAAUUUAAAGUGAGUGUCGUGAUUAAGAGAUUCGAGACAGUCUUUCUUGGAGUUUAUCAAAUCAAAAGUGUGCGGAAGAUAAUUAUAAAAUUGUGUUAGAGAUGUCGUCUGCGUUUUAAUAAGUAACCGGUGUCUGUGUUAAUUAAAUGUUAUGAAUAUUUUAUGUAGUUUUAGAGAAAGAGCGGAAACCCCAACUGUUUUGUUAUUUUUGUUAUCUAAGUUGAGAGAAGAUUCAUUAUGGGUCUAAUCUAAGUCUUAUCUUGAUAAAUUGGCAUGUUUUAAUCGACUGUAUUAAACACAAGUCCUUAAAAUCGAUACAGAAAGAAAUAACAAUAUUCAGUGAUAAGCCGGGAAUACGAGAAAAGGCAAAUACACACCUUUGUGUAAAUAAUUCAAAAAACGAAUCUAUAGAACACUUCAUAGUUUAAUGACAGGAACCUAAUGACGUGAAUAAAGAUAGUAUGAGAUCAUUUAUGUAUUGUUAUGAUACAAUCAACUGAUAACUGUGUGAAUAGUUUACUAAAAGUUUAAUCUGACCAGUACUAAACUUUGACUGGUUUAAAGUCGAUAUUAUGGUUUAUUAAAACAUGAAAAAGUUUCGUUUUUAAUUCGGAAAUUAAGACUGGGUCUAGCUGACUCAUUGUUGGUUGGUUUGAGUAGAUUAUUUUACUUAGAUUGUUAAACAUACAUUAACGUUACGAACAAGCUCGUAUGGAGUCAUGAUGAUGCUUUGGUUGAAUUUAAAGAGAGCGACAUGCAAAUUCCGACCAAUUCCAUAAGAAAAACGUCAUGGAAAAUAAUAUCUAUCAGAAUGGGCGUUCCAUUGAGUAUGAGACAGCACCGGUUUUACAUUCAUCAUCAUGUUUCUGUACGAACCACAAACAAGGAGACUUUGACGUCAAAGCCUCCAUAAAUCACGUGGAUACCACCAAUGGGUUUACCAGGGGUAGAAGUAGUUCAAGGUCGGACAAAACUCCUCCACAUACAGAUAUAUUCGCGGAAAUAAACAAUGUGAGUGCGUUUGUGCCGGGUCCAGGUGGGAGCCUGGGGACGGAUAUGUCCGUGUUCAAUCCCCGGGUGCACACACGAGAGUCUUCCAGAGAAAAGCAGCACACAGACUGGAAUGGUGUGAUGCAAGAUUUGUUCUAUAACCUCGAUAAUGUAGAUUUAGAUCCGGUUGUUACGCUGGAAAACACCCAUGAUUCCUCUUCCGGUAUCGCAUCUGACGUCACAAGUUCACACAAUCAAUCAGCGAAGAUGUCUACUUUCAAGGGAGACAAUUCUUCACUAUCAUCAGCAGAUCAUCGGCUUUCAGACUCAUCGUUUGACCGUCAGUUUUCAGAUUCAUCAGUGUCUGUUGAUAGACCGUAUGUGAAGAAAAGACAGGGCGAUGGAAAGUUUCCCUGGGCCUAUACGCAUGGAGCAAAAGUUGCUCAGCAAAAUAGGUCAAAUCUCGAGCGUUCUUACUUGUCGUCUGAUUCUAGUGUACAUUCGGAUUAUCGAACUCCUGUUAUACACAAUAGUGCACCGCCAUCGUAUGAGUAUCACAUACAAAUGAAACAGAUGAGAAAUCAGGGCUUUAAUAAACUCGACUUACAAGAUACCGAUAAGUUAAUGCUCACUGCCGGAAAGGGGAAAUCGAAAGUUCGACCUUCACCCUUUGACCUGAUGACAGAUGACGUCAUCGUGAAAAUAUUUUCAAACUUGCCAACGGACCAAUUAUGUCGGUGUUCAUGCGUCUGUAACAGAUGGUACAGAUUGGCAUGGGAUCCGCUCUUAUGGAAGAAAAUUGUAAUAAAUAAUGAAAAUGUUCAUAUAGAUAGGGCAUUGAAAUAUUUGACUAAACGACUAAGUUAUAACACGCCAACUGUAUGUGUGAUAGUUGAGAAAAUAAACUUGAACGGUUGUGAGAGAUUAACAGACAAAGGCCUGCAUGCCAUUGCCAAAACUUGUCCUGAACUGAGACAUCUGGAAAUCCAGGGGUGCAGUAAUGUCACAAAUACUGCCCUGUUUGAAGUGGUCUCUUAUUGUGUUAAUUUGGAAUACCUUGAUACAACAGGUUAAGUCUUUUUUUUAAAUCUCAAUUCGGAAUUUUCC